GAUUGCCAGGAAGUAUUGAAAAUAUACUGCUUGUCAAUCAACAAACUGGUCGGGGCGUGUUAGCUAAGCUUUCCAGCUUAAUAUCAAUUUUGAAAGAGCUAAUAAUUCGCAAAUGACAUAAGGAGUACUUCUUGUCAGAGAUUAAAGCUUUGAAGAGCGUUUUUGGCUGGAAUCUUUGUAGCAGAAUAAAUGUUUAGUAUCAGAAGGGGAGUAUGUUCCCCCACUCUUCUAUUUUGGGGUGCCCGCCCUUCCCACCUAAACCUGGGCAAGCCAAUGGACUUCUCUCCCUACCUGUUGUGUUCGCUCAACAACAAAUGACAGCUUCUCCUUUUAAUAACAGAAAUAACCUUUCACCUUUUCCUUUGAACCGUCAUUAUGACUGGAAGCCGGCUCUCCAUACAGCUUCUCAUGCUCUCAGUGUGCCCCCAGUGAGAAUGAGCAGGAAGAGGAGGAGUGGUGAUUACGGAUUGUAUGACUUGAAGCGACAGCGCUUCAGUUCUCCAGGGUGCCAUGAAAGGACAUCCAGGGUGGCCACCCCUUCGCCAACACCUCGUUCCAUUGGGGCUCAUUUGCGCAGUGAGAGUUGCGGGCCUUCUGUCAGCCCACUUAGAUCACAGCAGGCCGGCUAUGUACCUGCUCCCACGGGGAAACCCUGCCACAGUACUCCUGACUCUUUUCAGGCUGCUGCCACCGAUAAGCUUAGUCAGCAGAUUAUGGAUCUAUUUCAAGCCUGCCAGCAGCAGACUGAUGACCUGGAAAAGAAGGAACUCUGCAGGACUCAGCUCCAAAGGGAAAUCCAGAGGCUUUUUCCAUAUUCCAGGCUGUUCUUGGCUGGUUCUUCCCUCAACGGCUUUGGUAGCCGAAGCAGUGAUGCAGAUCUGUGCCUCGUUGUCAAAGAAGGAAACGUGAACCAGAGAACAGAUGCAGUUUACAUCCUCAGUCUGGUUCAGAAAUUGCUUUACAAGCUGUCAUAUAUUGACAGACCACAGCUUAUUCGCGCAAAAGUGCCCAUAUUGAAAUUCAGGGAUAAAUUCAGUGGUCUGGAGUUUGACUUGAAUGUUAACAACAUUGUUGGAAUACGAAACACAUUCCUUCUAAGAAGCUAUGCAUACACUGAAUGUCGCGUUCGUCCUGUCGUGCUCGUCAUAAAGAAGUGGGCCCAGCACCAUGGAAUCAAUGACGCGAGUCGUGGGACUCUUAGCAGCUACACUUUGGUACUGAUGGUUCUGCAUUACCUCCAGACCCUGUCUGAACCUGUCAUACCUUGCCUUCAGAAAGAUUAUCCCGAAUGUUUCAACCCUUCCAUGGAGAUCCACCUUGUGCCAGAAGGUCCGAAAGACAUUCCUCCUUUCAAAUCCAAGAACCAGUCUGCCUUGGGGACUUUAUUCCUUGGCUUCCUGAAGUAUUUUGCCACUGAGUUCAAGUGGGACCGACAGAUGAUCUCAGUCCGCGAGGCUGAAGCCCUCCCAAAGCCCAGCUGCAGAGAGUGGAAGGACAAGUUCAUUUGUGUUGAAGAGCCCUUUGACAGAUCCAACACAGCACGAGCGGUUCACGAGAGGGCUCAGUUUGACGCCAUUAAAGCAGUGUUCCUUAAGUCAUGGCAGUUGCUGCAACAGAAGAAGGACUUGAAUUCCAUCUUGCCAGUGAGGGUGACGAUGCAAAAGUGUUGACAGUCCUGCCGUUUUUCUCUGGAUGCUGAAGGGCCUGCUUGCUAGCAGGACAUAGACAAGAAUCAUCUCUUCAGGGCUUUUCCAGAUGUUGUUUUAGGUCCCUGUUGCUGGUUGGUGACGGUACAAUUUUUAGCUGAACCUUUUAGCUUGUCUCUUGAAGGCCGUGUCAUUGCACUGUUUUUUUUUUUGUUUUUUUUGGGAGUUCAGUCACUUUAUCCAGAUGUUAAAGAAAACACACACACACAAAUAAGAAACCCAUCCCUCAGCUAAAAUGGCAGAAUUAUUUGACAACCUGUGCUUAAAAUAUCAGACCAUGGAGUGAAUGUUAUGCUUUAGAUUUUUUUUUUAAUUAUUAUUAUAAUUGGCUUUGGUGUAUAUAAUAUUGUCCUGCUUCAGGCCAUGUUUUUCUUAUAUCUCUGCUUUGUUUAUAUGGAAAAACCUUCAACAGUCUUAACUUUUUUUUGGGUGUCCACUUUUUGAAGAAACAUUGUUUUAUGAAAUAGAGAAAAUGAUACAUUAAAAAUAGAUCUUAGGAUGGUUCCAUAAAAGUUGAUAUAAAGUAAUUGGGUUAAAAAGCAGUAUUCUUAUUCUAUAAACACAUUUCUAUCAUUUUUUGACAUAAAACUGCAAAACUGCGUCUUGGGUAAUUUUUCCUGCUGAAGGCAACUUUGGAAAUCACUAUUUAAUAAGUCUGCAGCCAUGUCAGUGUCGUCUGAAACAGUGUAUUAACUGAAGCUUUUUCCAAAUUUCUUCCUUUGACGUUAGGAUCCAGUUCAUGGUUCUAGUGUACUCCAUUCAAGGACAGUAAAUGGGCCCAAACUCUCCUCUUUGUGGCGAAUUGAAAAGCCAUUUGGGAUGGAAUGGUGAAUGGAAUAAUGCGCCUUUGUUAGAAUAACUAUUAUAUUCUUGAGGGACUUCAGGUGAAAUGAGUCAUGUGGGUGAGAGUGCUGUGUGUCUGGUUGACCUUGACUGCCUGUGUUUCGUACACUGGCAGGUCUACCUUUUACUGUAUGCAAAGGCUGUAAUUAUAUGCUUGCCCUUUUUGUGUAUGUAUGUCCUACAAGCUUCCAUUAGAUGUUAACUUUGUCUAAAAAAAAUUAAACUUAUGAAAACUGAA